CUUCGAAAACCCAAAUCGGUACGUUUUUAUCCAGAGUUGGGUUCUCGAAUCAAGGAGGAUGUAAUAUAUCUCUCAUUUCGCGCUGCAUCUGCGUAAAUCCCGGGAAAAUUAUUUUACGAAACACCAAUUUAGACAUUACAUUCACGUCUUUGAAAGUUGUCGGUCGUAGCUAUCCGGAGAGACUGGUGUAGCGUAGUCUCGCUCCGCUUUGAAUUUUCAUCAACACCAUCGUCCAUAAUGAACGAUUCGGAUGGUUAUGACAAUAGCGUACUUAUCAUAAACGAUGAUGGAGAAAUGGACUAUAGCGAUUCCGAAGUAACUAUUUAUAAUGACGACGACCACUACCACAGCAAUAAUAACAACAACAUUGUCGAUGAAAAAUUUAUCGAAAAUCUUGUAACGUGCAUCAUCGAUGACGACUACGACAACAAAAAUAGCGUCUCCAAAGUCGCAAAUGACAAACAACCGACGAAAGAAGCGAUGAUUCCACUCGACGAUACAGUUGAAAAUGCAAAAGUAAAAAUCAUAGAUGACAACGGAAAAGACGCGGAUGAUGAUGAUGAUAGUAGCGACGACGACACCAAUAGUGUAAAUGUAAUCAUCAAUGAUUGGCGUCCUCCAGAACAUGAACUCGACGAUCUGUUGGACGCUAAUGAUUUUCACGACGAAAAAGAAUUCAUAAACUUACCGACUCAAGAGGUCAAUCAGUUGGUGCUUAAAAAUAUCGAAAAAACCCGUUCGAAUUCUCCGCGUCGCUACAUACUUAUCUAUGUAAACGGAAUAACCAUACCCGUAGCCGUGGAAAAUACAAAAUUAUCAGCAGCCAUACAAUACAAUAUAUGGUAUCCGCCGAAAUGCACUAGAACCGACUAUAAGAUGAUCGCCGUCGAUAGUUUUAAUAAGAAAAUGAUGAAUAUGUAUUCGCAAUUUGUGGAAAAUACCAAUAGAAAAUGCGACGAUGGUUGUAGAAACGGAGAGUACGUUGGUUAUUUCGCAGCUAUGUAUGAUAACGCUGUAAACGGUAAUAUUUCAUCGUCCAAUCACUUGAGCAAAGAUCCGAAUGGUUGUGGGGAUUGUAUGGAAAUCUGUGUUGAAAAUGAGUUUUACAAUCCUAGCGAUUCGCGUGUCGAGAAAAUAGGACAAUCAUCCAAAUACAAGGAUUCUAAAUUGUACUUUUUCAAAGAAUUCUCUCUUAUAAUUAUGAAAAAUGGACAGUUUGUAAAUGCAUCCAUACACGGUUUAGUAAACAGUAUAGAAGACUUGUUGGAUAGAUACAAUGUCAAAACCGUGUACGUGAAUUGCGACCCGGGCACUUCUCUUGAUACGUUUUUAUCGUAUAAACACCAGCCGUUCUAUCGGGCUUUGCAUUCUCGAAAAUUGGUAUACUUGAUAGGUUAUUUGAAAUACAAUAUCGGCACUCUGCCGUAUUGUUCUCGUAAUAACGCUUACUGUUCUUUUUGCCGAUGCAUAAACACAAUCACCAAACAUUAUAAAAUUGAAAAUAUAAAUAUAAAGAAUGCUCGUAUGAUUUUGGAAAAAUUUCAAUUUUCGCAAAGAAACGAUCACGAUUGUAAGAGAAAUAAUGAUGAUGAUGAUGAUGAUGAUGGUAGAGAGGAUUGUGAUCGAAAAAAAUGGAAGCGUCGUAGAAAUGAUAAUAAUCGUAGUGAUUAUUACAAUGAAGACGUAUAUCAUUCUAAUUUUAAUUUUGGAUUUAUAGGCAAAAGAAACAGAUAUCGCCAUUACUAUAACCAUCGGCAGCAUUAUCAUCAGCAGCGACGGCAGCAUCAAUAUCAGUUGCAGCAACAACAGCAAAAUUAUUAUCAUCAUGUCAAUUAUGCUCGUUGUCGUCGAGAAGAAGACGACUCGACGGGUGCGACAACGGUAGCUGCUAGAUUUUGUAGAAAUCUCGUGAAUCGUAAAAAAAACCUACGACUCGUGCGCGUGAAAAACAACAACAACUCGUGAGACGCCGCAACUACGACGUCUACGCAAUGCAAUCGCGAAUAAUUUAAUUUUCUAUAUUAAAUAAAUGUGUAUAUUGUAAGUUGGAAAAAAAUA